AUGAGCGCCAUUCGCUCCUCGUCCUCAGCCCUCCUCCUCCUCGGAGGCGUCGCAACCCUCCCCGGCGCCGCUACGGUCCGCAGCCAGUUUCCGCAGCGGAGCAGUGCUCUCUCCACCACGGCCGAGCAGGCCGAGCUGGGGUACAUGCAGCAGCCACUCGGCCCCGCCAGCGGCCGAUCGACGACCCACACGGCCGCCGCGAAGCUUAGCAGCGGUGCUUCAUCGACAUCGUCAGCACGAGGUCUCGGGUGGCAGCAGACCCAUCAGGCCUUAUGA